UCAGUAGAGGCUGCUGGCCGCCGAAGCAGGGGGUCGUGAAGUUCCGUGCGGACCGGCCCAGAGAGGCUCGUGCGGAGAGGUGGGUCCCCUGAGAGGUGACGACACGACCCCCACCCCCCGCAGUGCAAGUGGUUCAGCCCGAGAACUUUUCAUUCAUAAAAAAGACAAGACUCCGCGAGGCGCGAGUGAGUCAGAACCGCAGCCGCCGACGCGGACCUUACCGAGCAUCCAGCCCAGGGCAUGUACCGAGACUUCGGGGAACCGGGACCGAGCUCCGGGGCCGGCAGCGCGUACGGUCGCCCCGUGCAGCCCCCGCCAGCGCAGGCACAGACCGCCCAGCAGCAGAAGUUCCACCUUGUGCCAAGCAUCAAUGCUGUGAGUGGCAGCCAGGAAUUGCAGUGGAUGGUGCAGCCUCAUUUCCUGGGACCUGGUGGCUAUCCCCGACCUCUGGCCUAUCCCCAGUACAGUCCCCCUCAGCCCCGACCAGGAGUCAUAAGAGCCCUAGGGCCACCUCCAGGGGUGCGUCGCCGGCCCUGUGAGCAGAUCAGCCCAGAGGAGGAAGAGCGUCGCAGAGUGAGGCGCGAAAGAAACAAGUUAGCAGCGGCUAAGUGCAGAAACCGGAGAAAGGAACUGACGGACUUCCUGCAGGCGGAGACCGACAAAUUGGAGGAUGAGAAAUCCGGCCUGCAGCGAGAGAUUGAAGAGCUGCAGAAGCAGAAAGAACGCCUUGAGCUGGUGCUGGAAGCCCACCGCCCCAUCUGCAAAAUCCCAGAAGGAGUUAAGGACACAGGUGGUACCAGCAGCACCGGCGGCACCGGCAGCCCACCAGCCCCCAGCCGCCCGGUACCUUGUAUCUCCCUUUCUCCAGGGCCUGUACUUGAGCCGGAAGCACUGCAUACCCCCACGCUCAUGACCACACCCUCUCUGACCCCCUUCACACCCAGUCUGGUUUUCACCUAUCCUAGCACACCAGAACCUUGCUCCUCAGCUCAUCGAAAGAGCAGCAGCAGCAGCGGUGACCCCUCCUCCGACCCCCUGGGUUCUCCCACACUCCUGGCUUUGUGAGGCACCCAGCCACACCCCUUGCCACCUCCUUUCUUCCACUGAUCCAGCAGGCCUGGACCAUAUCCAUGCCCCAAACCAGCAGGUCCUCCAUCUCUUCAGAUUAGAACAAACAUAUUAUGCUUUGAUGUAGAGCCAGCUUGGGGUCCCCAAAGCUGCUCACUGUUUCUCUAGAGCUGGCCUAUCAUAAUUUGCACAAAAUUAGAGACAAAACAUGUCCCUUUUGGGCCAGAGAAAUCCUGGCAGCCCAGACUUUGUAGAACCCCAGUGGUCCUUUGGAGUCCUAAUCCUUUGUAGACCAAUCUCACACGAUGUCGAUGUCACUUUCUUCAUGUGACCCCGGCAGAAGGUACCCUUCACUAGCCUAGAACACUAACUCACACAGCUCCACUGCCAGCAGCACCAGGGCAUCCUGCAGGCUCCUCCUGAAUGUCACAACUCAGGAGGCACCGGUGGCUUCUGUGAUGAGCUGAGCUGCACUCCCUAGCUUUGAGAAGCCUUUAGUUCCAGGGUAUCCAAGCCUCCACCUCAAGGGCAGCUGCUAUUUAUUUUCCUAAAGAGACUAUUUUUAUACAAACCUUCCAAAAUGGAAUAAAAGGCUUG